AGUAUCUUGUUUAGAGGUGGCUAUUCUCAUACCUCAAUGAAGGUUAUGAAGCAGGAGAGGGUUACUGGGAAAUCGGUGCUGAUGGGAGAUGGUCUCGCGAGCCCUCAAGGUUGGGAAGCCAUGGGAUGUUGUUGUGGAGGGGGAAAGUCCUGUGGCGGUGUUGGCUCGGUUGAGCGUGGCGGCACAGUGGCAACGGACGGUGAAGAGGUGGCGCAAGUUCUUCGGCAUGCAAGAGUAGGAUCCGGUAGGUUUUUUUGGGAGGAAUAUUUGGCCACUGGAGGAGAGAUUUUCGGAUGAAGAAUUAGGAAACUGAUCGUCAGACUUUUAAUUUUAUUUUGUUUCCUAUUAAAGUAGGUUUGCUUUU